GAAAGUUUCUAGGCAAUUGUGUUUACUUGCUAAUACUGAUUAUUAGAGAAAUCGAAUUUAAUCAAUACCUUUACUGUAAUAUUUUGAACGCCUAAAUAUUAACAUAAUGGCUCCGAAAGCUGGCGGUGAUGCUAUUAAAGCUAAUUCUUCAGUAUAUAAAGAUAAAAGUAAACCUACAGACAUCAGACUGAGCAACAUAAAUGCCGCAAAAGCUGUUGCUGAUGCCAUCCGCACAAGCUUAGGGCCUCGUGGAAUGGAUAAGAUGAUUCAAGCAGCCAAUGGAGAAGUUACAAUAACUAAUGAUGGAGCAACAAUUUUGAAACAAAUGAGUGUUAUUCAUCCAGCUGCAAAAAUGUUGGUAGAAUUAUCUCGUGCUCAAGAUAUUGAAGCUGGUGAUGGAACAACAUCAGUAGUUGUUAUUGCUGGUGCGUUGUUGGAUUCUGCUGAGAAACUUCUUCAGAAAGGCAUACAUCCAACUGUAAUUUCUGAUGGUUUCCAAAAAGCCCUUCAAUUGGCUUUACAGGUGGUCGAAAAUAUGUCAACUCCAGUGGACUUGAAUAAUGAAGAUGCUUUGCUCAAGGCAGCUGCAACAUCACUAAAUUCCAAAGUAGUUUCACAACACUCAACUAUUUUGGCACCCAUUGCAGUGCAAGCAAUUCGAGCAGUAAUGGAACCUAUUGUUAGUGGUGUUGGUGCAAGAGUUGACCUCAGAGAUGUGAAAGUCAUUGAGCGUAUAGGUGGAACUGUAGAAGAUGCUGAGCUAAUCCAAGGAUUGGUCAUUCCGCAUCGUGCAGCCAAUGUGAAUGGCCCUCAUCGCAUUGAAAAGGCUAAAGUUGGUCUUAUACAAUUUUGCAUUUCGCCUCCCAAAACUGAUAUGGACCACAAUGUUAUUGUAUCAGAUUAUGCAGCAAUGGAUCGUGUGUUGAAGGAAGAACGCCAAUAUAUUUUGAAUAUUGUAAAACAGAUCAAAAAAGCUGGUUGUAAUGUACUUUUAGUUCAAAAAUCUAUAUUAAGAGAUGCCCUGAGUGACUUGGCUGUACAUUUCUUAGACAAAAUUAAAACAAUGGUCAUUAAAGAUAUUGAACGUGAAGACAUUGAAUUUGUUUGCAAAACCUUAGGAUGCAGGCCAAUUGCUUCUUUGGAUCAUUUUACAGCUGAAAAUUUAGUCAAUGUUGAUUUGGUUGAAGAAAUAAAUGAACCUGGUGGAAAAUAUAUAAAGAUGACGGGUUGCGGUCAGGGCGGUCGCACAGUGAGCGUAUUGGUUCGCGGAUCGAGUGGCGCCGUGGUGGCAGAGGCAGCGCGAUCUCUUCACGACGCCUUAUGUGCCGUGCGCUGUGUGGCGCGCCGCCCUGCAUUGUUGGCCGGCGGCGGCGCUCCCGAGGCUGCAGCGGCGGCCAGUCUCGCGCGUGCUUCUCUCGCAGCACCCGGAGCCGAUCACUAUUGUCUACGUGCCUACGCCGAUGCUCUCGAAGUCAUACCCUCCACGCUUGCCGAGAAUGCAGGUUUGAACCCAAUUGAGACCGUAACUGAGCUACGAGCCGCUCACGCUGCUGGCGCUGGCGGUGGCGCCGGUGUCAACGUACGCCGCGGACGAGUUACAGAUAUGCGCACGGAGCAUGUGCUGCAACCGCUUCAUGUUACAGCUUCCGCGCUCGCACUCGCAACCGAAACUGUGCGUGCUAUACUCAAAAUUGAUGACAUUAUAAAUACAAUGAAUUAGCCAAAAAGGUGAAGACGAGGAAAUGUAUUUUAACAAAGUAUUAAUCUUUGCUAAUCCACAACAUAAUUAUUUUAACUUAGCUUGAUAUUUAAGUAGGAAGUAACACACCAAUCUGCCACCAAUAAAAUGAAGCAUGAGAAGAUAUUUCUAAGAUAUUCAGCAAGAUACGAUGUGAUCAACCAAUAUUGGCGACGCAUAAACGUCCAGCAGGGUGUUCUCUAUCGAAAAGCACGUAUUUAUCGCAUAGUAAGGGGAAUAAAUCCAUCUUACUCAUCUACUGAGUGGGAAAUAUUAGUUUGUCUAAUCAUGUAGUUAGGAACUUCGUAGGCGAUUGGCUACCGGUAUUCCACAAAGAUGUCCUUUUCUGGGCAACUGCUUCUAUUAUUGGAUAAAUAGUAUUAUUUCGCAUUUUCAAAUAGCAAGUAAACAAUAAAAUUUAAAACCCUUUUCAAUUGAUUAUUUACAUUAUGAUGCAGUUUGUUUCAAAUUUCUUUCUUUAGUUCUUUACUUAUAAUUCACAUGUACAUGCUACAUAAUUUAUUAGGCCAUUAAUAAAUACUUAAAAAUAAAAUUCUGAAAAUUAA